GGCCCGUUUCUGGGUCUGGGGCCGCCGAGGCGGUGCCGGGGGCCAGUACAUCUUCAUGCUUUCUGUCGCACCAGUCCUGCCGUCUCCGCUCUGUCCGGCGUCUGUACCCCAGGUCCCUGUCCGUCCCCAGCCUCAGAGUCGGUUGUCCUGGGUAGCUUGAGGACACGGGGGGCUGGGCAAUGCCCAGGGCCGCUGCCUCUUUCCCUCCGCCCCUUCUCUCCGCCCCCCUUUGCCUGCCAGGCUGAGCCGCUUGGCGGCCAGAAGCGGGGGGCCUCCGGGAGACUACGUGCGGGCCCCUGCUCCGCUCGCGCCUCCGCCUUCUGCUCCAGUUACUUUCCCAGCGGAGCGGAAAUGGUGGGGGUACGCUGCCAGGGCCCUCCGUGGGAAGGAGGGCGGUACGGCAUUGUCGCCUGAGUCUGCCAGUGCACCCUCCUGCUGCCGGGCCGGCCGGUCUCUGGUUGCAGCCCCUGCCACCGCCCCUCAGGUUGGGCAUCGGACCUUGCAGCCAGCCGAGAGGGGAGCCUACACUGACGUAGCAGGAUAAUGGGGACCAGAGGCAGCUCUGAGUAGCCUCUUAAUUACGCCAGCCCUGACUGGGACUUUCUGUGUGCCACUGUGGGGCCCGAACUGGGCGACUUUCCCGUGUUUACAAUUAUGCAACUAUCCUUCAAGAAGCACCAGUCACACCCCGUUGAGCGCUAAACAUUGGGACUUACAGGGACAUUGGGUUCCCUCGGAGCGGCCCCAGGCUUAAUGAUUGUCCAGAAGGUGGCUAUAAAGGAAGCCUGGGAGCCUGGGUGGAGGAGGGAGCAGAAAAGACCUUACUCAGCUGCUCUCAUCACUCAGAGAGCCGGCAAGUGGGGGCUGUGGUCAGAGGCUUGGCGUCCUGGCCAGUAGGGCCUGCUCUCUUCCACCAUGGCGGCCCAGAGCUAUGGCUACUAUCGCACUGUGAUCUUCUCGGCCAUGUUCGGGGGCUACAGCCUGUACUACUUCAACCGCAAGACCUUCUCCUUUGUCAUGCCCUCACUGGUGGAGGACAUCCCUCUGGACAAGGAUGACCUGGGGCUCAUCACCAGCAGCCAGUCUGCAGCGUAUGCCAUCAGCAAGUUUGUGAGUGGGGUGCUGUCUGACCAGGUGAGCGCUCGCUGGCUCUUCUCCUCUGGGCUGCUCCUGGUUGGCCUGGUCAACAUCAUCUUCUCUUGGAGCUCCACAGUGCCUGUUUUCACUGCGCUCUGGUUCCUCAAUGGCCUGGCACAGGGGCUGGGCUGGCCCCCAUGUGGGAAGAUCCUGCGGAAGUGGUUUGAGCCAUCUCAGUUUGGCACCUGGUGGGCCAUCCUGUCAACCAGCAUGAACCUGGCUGGAGGGCUGGGCCCAAUCCUGGCAACCAUCCUUGCCCAGAGCUAUAGUUGGCGCAGCACACUGGCCCUGUCUGGGGCGCUGUGUGUGGUUGUCUCCUUCCUCUGUCUCCUGCUCAUCCACAACGAACCUGCUGAUGUGGGACUCUGCAACCUGGACCCCACCCCCUCCAAGGAGGGCAAGAAGGGCUCCAUGAAGGAGGACAGCACCCUACAGGAGCUGCUGCUGUCCCCCUACCUGUGGGUGCUCUCCACUGGCUACCUCGUGGUGUUUGGGGUGAAGACCUGCUGUACUGACUGGGGCCAGUUUUUCCUUAUCCAGGAGAAAGGACAGUCAGCCCUUGUGGGUAGUUCCUACAUGAGUGCCCUGGAGGUUGGGGGCCUUGUAGGCAGCAUUGCAGCUGGCUACCUGUCGGACCGGGCCAUGGCAAAAGCAGGGCUCUUCGUCUACGGGAACCCUCGCCAUGGGCUGCUGCUGUUGAUGAUGGCUAGCAUGACUGUGUCCAUGUACCUCUUCCGGGUGACUGUGACCAGUGACUCCCCCAAGCUCUGGAUCCUGGUGUUGGGAGCUGUGUUUGGUUUCUCCUCGUAUGGUCCCAUUGCCUUGUUUGGAGUGAUAGCCAACGAGUGCGCCCCACCCAACUUGUGCGGCACCUCCCAUGCCGUAGUGGGACUCAUGGCCAAUGUUGGUGGCUUUCUGGCUGGGUUGCCUUUUAGCACCAUUGCCAAGCACUACAGCUGGAGCACAGCCUUCUUGGUGGCUGAAGUGAUCUGUGCAGCCAGCACAGCUGUCUUCUUCCUCCUACGAAACAUCCGCACCAGGAUGGGCCGAGUGCCAAAGAAGGCUGAGUGAAGAGGAUACAGACUUGGGGGCAUCUUCUCCCACCUGGGGCCUUCCCAGGCGGGCAUAGGGUAGGGGCAGGGGGAGCUGCUCUGGCUAGCACUGAACCUCCGACUUCCCUUUUCUGCUCCUUCCCUUGCCCAGGUGACACUGGAAGUUAUCAGAGGUUAAUGAGGUCCCAGCUGCCUAUCCUAUGCUCUAUUUAAAAGAUAUCCUUUGUACCUGGACUCCAUUAGCUUCUAUUUUCUGCCUCCAAAUGGGACACCCCUGCAGUCAGGGAGUCUCUUACACCCUUCCCCCUCUCCUGGGUCCUGCUUUGUCCCCAUCUCACCCCACCCCCAUCAGGCGUGUGGCUACUCCUGUAGCUGCAGUGCACUAAGGGUACAUGACUUCUGUCCCAAGGCCUCUCAGCAGUAGUCAACUGCUAUUGCCAAUACCUCAGACUCCAGGGGAAAAGGAGGCCAGCACUCCCACUAUUGCCCUGGUACAGUGAGGGGAGUAUGGGUGGGAGGGUAAGAAGACUUGUUCUAGAAUAUUAAAACUAGAUUUGGUACUAAA